AUGGCUGCAGUCGAGAAACAACCACACAGACUGUACAGGCCGCAUAUCCAGACAGAAGGACAAUAUUCCAAUGAUUCCAUCGACGAAAAAUUCCCCGAAGGGGGUCUGCGGGCCUGGCUGGUAGUAGUGGGAUCAUGGUGUGCAAUGAUCCCAUCAAUGGGUCUUUUGAAUACGAUUGGGGUGCUGCAUGCAUGGACAGCGGAGCAUCAACUCGCCCAAUACUCUCCCUCGAGCGUUGGGUGGAUUUUUGGUGUGUUCAGUUUCUUCUUGUACUUUGGCAGCGCGCAAGUCGGGCCCAUAUUCGACAGCCGUGGCGUCCUUCCAGUGGUCUUGCCUGGGUCUAUCGGCAUUGUGCUGGCCGUUUUCUUCUUCAGCGAGAGUACCGAAUACUACCAAAUCUUCCUUUCCUUCAGUGUCCUCGGCGGCAUAUCCUCCUGCUGUCUCUUUACUCCAGCCAUCGCGGCGGUCGGCCACUGGUUCAAUGUUCGUCGCGGUCUGGCUACCGGGAUAGCCUGCACAGCAGGCGGACUCGGCGGGGUCUUCUUCCCCUUAAUCAUUCUCUACCUCGGCCCUACGAUUGGAUUCACCUGGGCCCUACGGAUCGUUGGAAUCAUCUGCUUCGUGCUGUGCGCACUCGCCUGUCUCUUACUUCGCACGCGCCUCCCGCCCAACCAUCAAGCCGGAAUGGCUAUCGACUUCAACGCCCUCCGCGAGCCCAAGUACGCAGUCACCACGCUGGCAGUCUGGCUGGUGGAGUUCGCCGUCUUCGUCCCGUACACCUACAUCUCCUCGUACGGACUCCACGCCGGCAUGGAUCCGUCUCUCGCAUACAAGCUCAGCGUGUUCCUGAACGUCGGCGCGAUCCCCGGCCGCGCGCUGCCAGGGUUACUCGCUGAUCGCGUUGGCCGGUUCAAUAUCAUGUCAUUGACGGCGCUGGUCUGCGCCAUCUUGACUCUGGCGCUGUGGUAUAUCGCCGGUGAUAAUGACGGCGCCAUCAUCGCCUACGCCACAUGCUUCGGGUUCUGGAGCGGCGCGGCGAUUAGUCUAACCCCGGUGUGUAUCUCGCAGGUCUGCCGCACGGAGGACUAUGGGAAGCGCAAUGGGACGACCUUUACGCUGGUGAGUAUAGGGACGUUGACGGCGAUUCCUAUCGCGGGUGCGAUCCAGGAGUAUAACAAUGGGGAGUACUGGGGGCUGAUUGUAUUUGGAGGGGUGUUGUACCUCGCGUCGUUUGUGGCGUUUGUGAUUGCCAGGGGAGUUGCAGGUGGUUGGCAACUGAACACGAAGUUUUGA